GCAGCUGCCUGCUUGCACUGUGUUCCUGCUCAAAAGACACUGUCGCAUGCACAAACUGUUGCACCGGGAUCGUGCAUGCCUGCCCGUUUCCGCAGUGUUUCGUGGUUUGCUUGUACGAGUUGUUUUGCCGUGAGUCACCCUGAGUUGUACAUAUUCGCACUAUGUGUGAAGGGGCCCUUAGUUUUGUCAUUAUUUCUCCCAACGAAGUUGGGUAGAGGUUAUGUUUUGACCCGUUUAUUUGUCUGUUUGUUUGUGAAAUGAAAGAUUGAGAGUGCAGGCAUAAGAUCUGUGUGUGAUGUAAUUUAGUUGCAGCUCUGUGUCAAUACCAUGAGGUUGAUUCUGGUCAAACCUACCAAUGCAACACGACAUCUUGACUCAACGGGUGAAGUCUUCCAUGAUGAAAGCCUGGACCAUUGUCCCUCAGGAGGUCCCUCGCCUCUUGCAAAACUCCCUGAGAAUGUACAUGGUCGAUGCUCAAGAAUCUCAGCAGAUGUUUUGUCAUCACCACACCAGAAGAGUCAGUCAUCUGCACACCAUGAAAGCUCCAACAGCAUUAGUCCCCCAAGAGUUCCAGCCCAGGUAUCGCCACUGAAAACCCAAAGCUUAAACUUAUCACAGUUGAGCGAUCAAGACUGGCUCCUGUUUUGUGAGCAGGUUAAUGGUGUAGGAGGUAAUCUGCCGUCUGAAGAGAGGACAAGAGCUGGUCUGGGACUCCCAAAGCAUGAUGACAAAUGUUGUUCCUGUCCAGACACACAGAGAAAUUCAGAAGCUUCUAGUUUUCAGCGGCAAAUAAAAGAGGACAAUGUCAAAACCCGCUUCUCCGGGUUUCGAAGGAGAGAACCAUUUCACCACAAACCCAGCCCACCUCUGGAAUAUCCCAAGUUUCAGCUAUGUGCCAGCAAACACACCCACAAGACCUUUUGAAACCUGCAGCAGUCCAUCCUCAAGAUAACUUCAUGUCUCAAUAUAAAGGCCAACAAGGUUCAAAAGACCUUUUUCAGCAACAGCCUAGCAAUCAUCUUAAACCCAAAGGCAACAACGAGACAAUCCAUCCAAAUGUGUUCAACAUUCCUUUAAACUCAAUGGGAGCCAUUGGAAAAGAACCACAAAAGCAAGACCCUCACACAUGCCAGUCCUCUGAAGAUCCCUCGCACAUUUUCCAGUGCCUUCAUCUCCCUUUAAGCAGUACUGCACGAAUCAAGACAUCUAAAUGCAAAGCAAGUGUCCCAUUCUUCUCCAACCAUUAUAGCUCACUUGAAAACCAUGACGUAAUGGAAGAUAGAGCGAGACGACAACAAAGUCAGAAAAAUGCUCAAGAUGAUGUUGGAAAGGCUAUGCAUCAUCCUCCACCUUCUGCCACCGCAGAAACUGCUGACGUAGUUAACGGGGAUGCGGUGCGACUGCUGAGCAGUGACGGGACUUUAAGAUCUAGUUUGGCAGAUGUUCGUUCGGGUCAAACGUCACUUCAACUUCUCCAUGGUGCCAUCCUUGAAGAUUCCUUCUCCAAAACAAUCAGGGAUGAUUCCAUAAAGGCCAAGAGUGAGAAUGGGACCAGGGAGGAUGAAAGCGUACCACAGAAAAAGACCAAGGACAUUAGUUAUCGACUGGGUCAGCGAAGAGCUCUCUUUGGGAAGCGCAAACUGUUGAGCGAUUACGCCUUGGUUUGUGGGAUGUUCGGCAUUAUUGCCAUGGUGAUAGAGAUGGAGCUGUCGACUGCAUGCUACAGCAAGGACUCUAUAUAUUCCUAUGUGCUGAAAGGCCUGAUCAGUCUUUCUACUGCUGUGCUUCUUGGACUCAUUGUGAUGUAUCAUGUGAGAGAAAUCCAGCUAUUCUUGGUGGACAAUGGCGCAGAUGACUGGAGAAUAGCAAUUACUUUUGAAAGAAUUCUUUUUGUCAUUUUGGAGCUCAUAAUCUGUGCCAUUCAUCCAAUUCCUGGCCAAUACAUUUUUACCUGGACAGCUCGAUUGGCCUUCAGCUACACGGAAUCUGUAGCAGAUGCUGAUGUCGACAUUAUUCUCUCCGUGCCAAUGUUCCUGCGCCUGUACCUCACUGGCCGGGUCAUGCUACUCCACAGCAAACUCUUCACAGAUGCUUCUUCGCGCAGCAUUGGCGCACUGAACAAGAUCAGCUUUGACACUCGUUUUGUCAUGAAAACACUGAUGACCAUCUGCCCUGGCACAGUCCUGCUGGUCUUCAGCGUGUCCUGUUGGAUCAUUGCAGCAUGGACCGUGCGCAUGUGUGAGAGGUAUCACGAUGCACAGGAUGUGACGAGUACAUUCCUUGGAGCAAUGUGGCUGAUUUCCAUCACAUUUCUGUCCAUUGGCUAUGGAGAUAUGGUCCCUCACACCUAUUGUGGAAAAGGUGUUUGCUUGUUGACGGGGAUAAUGGGAGCAGGUUGCACAGCUUUAGUCGUUGCCGUUGUUGCAAGAAAGUCUGAACUCACCAGAGCUGAGAAACAUGUGCAUAACUUCAUGAUGGAUACUCAACUCUACAAAAAGAUAAAAAACACAGCAGCCAACGUGCUGAGGGAGACGUGGCUCAUCUACAAAAACACCAAACUCGUCAAGACGGUCGAUCCUGCCAGAAUACGUCAUCAUCAACGUAAAUUUCUUCAAGCCAUCCACCAGUUACGAAAGGUCAAAAUGGAGCAAAGGAAGCUAACCGACCAGGCUAAUACCGUUGCUGAUCUUGCAAAGACACAAGGUAUGAUGUACGAUCUGGUGUCAGAGCUACAACAUCGAGGUGAGGAACUGGACGGGAGGAUAUCUGCUUUGGAAGAAAAAGUGGACUUCAUCCUUCUUGGUGUCCAAUCGCUGCCUGCUGCACUCUCUCAGGCCAUAACAAAGCUACAAAAAGAUUUCCUGGAUGAUUUGGCCUGUCGUGUCCACUUCCUGUCUUCGUCUCUGAGCUCUGAGUGCUGUUCAGGUCCCGCAAGGCAGCUUUGUCUGGGCUCUGCCACUCCAGAACCACCAUACGGCUGAACAGCGGUCAUGCUGGGAAGGCUUUUGUCAGCAUGGAACCUCAAAGAAAUGGGAAUGUUUUAUUCUGUUUGGUCACAGUUCUCCACAUUGUCCACCAAUCAUGUUUUCACCUCUAAAUGCAUAAUUAGGUUAUUGGACUUUUUUGAUCAUAGCCAGGAGAAGCAAUAUAGUUAGAUAUUUUUUGUAAUGGUUUUGUUGGUUUUAUUAACAUACUAUUGCAGAAUGACUGUAAGCAUCAUCUUGGAUCUCCCAGUCAUGACAAAUAUGAUUGUUUUCAGGUCUUCUCUCCUUUCUCAAGUUUUUAUUUUAUUUUAUUUUUUCCUUGAAACAGGCAUUUACACAGAUUCCAUGUCUCCUUCAUUGAUUUGCUGUAUGUUAAAAGAACACAAGCGAUGCUGCUUUAAGGAGAGGUCAUCAGAUGUUUCCAGUGUCAGAAAAAUUACACUGUAAAAUCUGAGGACAACGUUCACACUCAAAGAUGCUGAUGAAGCCAGUUGGCUUAAAACCAUUGUAAUUUCAUUAACUCAGCUGUUUCAAGCAUUGAAAAUAACCGUAUUUUCUGGAGUAAAGUCACACCACUUUUUUCUGUAUUAUCAGCUCUUUAAUUUGGGGUUUCUCUGCAUUGUUAAAGUAUACUUUUUAAUAUUGCAUUAUUCUUUUUUCUGAUAGUUUAUUUUGUUUAGUGCUUUGAUUCCUGGGAAAGUCCUGUAUAAUAGUCAUUACAGCUGUAACUUAUGAAUAACAAAUGUCUGAUAUUUUGGUACAUAAGUCACACCAGAGUAUACAUAAGUCACAAGGUUCCAAAACUAUAAAAAAAAAAACCCAAAACAAACACUGACUUAUACUAUGGAAAAUACCCGUAUUUAAAUUGACUCAAAUGAACUUGAAUGAUUGGAGCUGAAUCUGUUUGUUCGCCACUGCUAGUGUGUAUAAUGUGUUAAAUUAACUGACCAUUUGAGUUGAACCAACAUGUUUUCCAAUGUAGGCAAGAGAUAAAAAAAUGUUCAUGACGUUUCGCAUCAAUGUACAGACAGAUGCUAUCUUAGCUUUCCAGGGUUAUUUAUGUUUUAUAUCUACAGCAUGAAUGACUGUCAGUGAAGCCUAAUUCAACAUUUCAUGCAGUUGCUUUGCUUGUUACAUUGAUUUUAUGUGUGGUUUUUUAUUUUAUUUAAUUAUUUUUAGUUAUUCUGUGUGUAUUGGAGGUUAUGUCGUUUUGUGGUAGU